CCAUGGCGGCCGCGGGUCCCCGGGGCGCCCGGGACGAUGGAGCCGGCGGCCGCUCGGCGCUGGCACAAGGUGCUGUACGAGCGGCAGCCCUUCCCCGAUAACUACGUGGAUCAGCGGUUCCUGGAGGAGCUGCGGAAGAACGUGCACGCGCGCCGGUACCGGUACUGGGCCGUCGUCUUCCAGUCGGCAGCGGUGGUGCAGCAGCUGUGCAGCGUCUGCGUCUUCGUGGUGACGUGGUGGUACAUGGACGCCGGGGUGCUGAGCCCGCAGCGGCUGUUCGGGGCGGCUCUGCUCUCCUCCCUGCUCGGCUACGUGCUCCUGGACGCGGUGGACGGCGGGGCCGGGCGGCGGGAGAGCGGGCGGACGCGCUGGGCCGACCUGAAGAGCACGCUGGUGUUCACGGCCUCCACCUACGGCUUCUCGCCGGUGCUGAAGACGCUGACGGAGUCCAUCAGCACGGACACCAUCUAUGCCAUGUCCGCCCUCAUGCUCCUGGGUCACCUCAUCUUCUUCGACUACGGCGCCAACGCUGCCAUCGUCUCCAGCACGCUAUCCCUCAACAUGGCCAUCUUCGCCUCGGUGUGCCUGGCCUCGCGCCUGCCCCGCUCCCUCCACGCCUUCGUCAUGGUCACCUUUGCCAUGCAGAUCUUCGCCCUCUGGCCCAUGCUGCAGAAGAAGCUGAAAGCCCGGACGCCCCGCUGCUACGUGGGGGUGACGGUGCUGUUUGCCCUGGCAGCGCUGGCGGGUUUGGCCACCGUCUCCAGCGUGGGGGCCGUGCUCUUCGCCUCGCUGCUGCUCGCCAUCUCCUGUCUCUGCCCUUACUGCCUCAUCCGCCUUCAGCAACUCAAGGACAACAUCCACGGGCCAUGGGAUGAGGCUGAAAUCAAAGAGGACCUCUCCAGGUUCCUCAUGUAGGCCUGGCCCGGGGGGAGUGGGGACCUGCUGUUAACAGAGCUGGGGGACAGCCCUGGGGAGAGGACCCCUGCCCAAUAAAGCCUCACACACAGCAA